GAGCCGUUCAUCUUAUCGGUGAAGGCUAAAUGUGGGAUGGAAAAAAGGAGACACAGCACAUUUACGGUAGGUGGGACAUAACUAGUUCUCCUUUAAAAGCCAAGGAGGUUGGCUGUGGUUCUCAGAGCUUUUGACACUUCUCACUUGAGUCUUAGCCACUCUCCAACCCAAACAGUCACCAUGGUUCACUUUACACCUGAAGAGCGUGCCGCCAUCACAUUCUUGUGGCAGAAGGUUGACAUCAGCAAGGAUGGCGGUGACAUCCUCACCAGGCUGCUUGUUCUCUACCCCCAGACCCGGAGUUAUUUCAGUUCUUUCGGAGACCUGUCCAAUGAAACCGCUAUCUCUGAAAAUGUUAAAGUGCAGGACUAUGGCAAGAAGGUUCUGGGUGCCAUUGGCAAUGCCAUCCAACACUUGGAUGAUGUCGAUGGCUCUCUCCGCCAACUCAGUGAUAUCGACACCAACAAGGUGCUUGAAGACCCCCGCAACUUCAGGCUACUUGGAAAAAUGCUGCUGAUUAUUCUGGAUGACAGACAGGGAUCCGCUUUCACCCCUCAGGUCCAGGCCGCCUGGAGGAAAUUCAUUGUAGUUAUAGUGGCCGGUCUGAACCAGGGAUAUUAUUAAACUGACUGUAUUAUACUCCAUCUUAAAAUGUGCUUUCAGUGUGUUCAUUUUGAAACAUUCUUAAUAAAAUGUAAUUUAAA